AUGAAAAAAAGAGUAAGAAUAGGCAACAGAUAUAAUAAAAAAAUAGAAAGAAUUAAUCAAAUUUUGCAUUUUCUAAAGAAAAAAAAAAUCAUCAGAUUGUUUGAUUAUAUUAUCAGAAACUUAGUAUUAUAUCAGAGAGCAGUCAGUUUUUAGUAACAGAAAGAGAAUUUUUAUACCUUAAUAAUGAAAAUAAAUGUAAAAAAGUGUUAAAAUAAAUGAAAAAGCUGAUGAAUAGAAGCAUAUUAUAUUCGUUUGAAUAAAUUAUACAUUAAAAACAAAUAUGGUUAUUAUAAUGAAUACAAUAAAAUAACCACAACUAAGGCAGGAUGUUAUGUCAUGG